CGGGGAAGGAAUGCGAUAAUCGAGGCGGUUCGGUUUAAGCGAGUGACUGUCGUAGGGCUCCAAAAGAGUGGAUAGAAGCAAAGGCUUCUGCUGGGAUGUUGGUGAUGACCGGGUGUCGAGUGUUGAAUGCUACAGCAUGUAGGUGGGCGGCGCAAAGGUCGAAAGGAAGGAGGAGGGCGAAGUGGAAAGGACGACCCGAACUAUGUAAAAUGAUCCUGCCCGUUGUACUUUGGAGGCUUGCCGUAAAGGAGUCAAGUUCGCGUGCCUGCCAAGGCAAUCUCGCGCCAGUGAGCCUACCUCACACUAUUCCGCGCCGUCGUCAACCAUGGCGUGUGUUGUAAACUGCUGCCGGAAGUCUAGAAUGCUACUGCCGUC